UCGUUCAUUGGUGGUUCAUAAGCAUUGUCAUAACAGCUGAUUGCGUCACUGCAUUUACAGACAAUAACGCAAAACAAAAAACAAGUCGUAAUAUCCAGUUUGGCUUUGUUGUGAUCAAUUUGGAAAUUAUAGUGAUCGUAAUAAACCAAAAAUGAAAUUCCAAUAUAAAGAAGAACAUUCUUUUGAACGAAGGAAGACUGAAGGCGAAAAAAUUCGAAGGAAGUAUCCAGAUCGCGUGCCUGUGAUUGUUGAGAAAGCCCCGAAGGCAAGGCUUGGCGACCUCGACAAAAAGAAAUACCUUGUACCGUCUGAUUUGACGGUCGGUCAAUUCUACUUUUUGAUUCGAAAACGCAUCCACCUUCGGCCUGAAGACGCACUUUUCUUCUUCGUCAACAACGUCAUUCCUCCCACAUCGGCUACAAUGGGUUCUCUGUACCAGGAGCAUCACGAUGAAGAUUUUUUCCUUUACAUAGCUUUUUCUGAUGAAAAUGUCUAUGGAUUUAUUUAAAUUUGACUAUACCUGUAACAACACCAUAUAAUGCAUACAAUGUCUUUAAUUGCACCAUAUGGUUAUCACUUAGGUAUAAGGCUUAGUUUAAAUAAUUAAUGAUGUAUUAUGUUAAAGGUGAUAAUUAAUUUUAAUUUGCAAUUUCCAGAUACAAUAUUGUGAAAGCAAUAUUGUUACCUAGUUUAAUUUGAUUUAUCACAUAUUUUUAUGGGAAAAUUUUCUGUUUCAAUCUCUUUGUUUGGUUUAGGAGUGUGAUUUAUUUCUACUACAAAAUAAACAAAAUUAUUCACA